UAUAUUAUCGAACUGAUGUCCAACAAAAAUCAAAUCUUUUCACCGGAAAUCAAACUUAUACAAAGUAUGCAACAGAGCCAGCGCCGUGAGUCUGCGCAAAGAAGUUCUCAAAUCUGGCCGUCACCUGUAUUGAAAAGAAGCAGUCUGAAAAUAACGUGCAAAAUGUUUAGUUUUCAUAAACCAAAAGUGUAUCGAUCUAGUACUGGAUGUUGCAUCUGUAAAGCUAAAUCAAGCAGCUCAAGAUUUACAGAUAGUAAAAAAUAUGAAGAUGAUUUUAUGGAAUGUUUUCAACUUGAGGAAAGAAGGACUGGAGAAAUUUGUAAUGCAUGUGUACUUUUAGUAAAAAGAUGGAAAAAAUUACCUGCAGGAAGUAACCGCAAUUGGAGACAUGUUGUAGAUGCACGUGCAGGACCUGGUAUUAAAUCAUUGACAAAAUUUAAAUCAAAAAAUAAAAAGAAAAUAAAAGAUAUACCGGAAAAGUUUGAAAAGAUUAUGAAGAAAAAACAUAUGUAUUUAAAAGCAGAUAGAGAUCGGGAACAAAGCCCAGCAAUGAGUGAUGAUUUAACAGGUUAGUAAUAUUAAAGUUUGUAUUAUUAAAUAAAAAA